AAUUAAGCCCCUCUCCUCUGAGUCCCGGUUUGUCAGGCUAUACAUACCUCCUUGACAACACACAUGGAAAAUAACCGACUCAGCUGUGCUGCUAUUAAAAGACCUCAAAUCCUAAAGUAUUGCUCCUGAGAGCUGGCUGGCUGUCAUGUCGCAGCAGCUCUGCUGAGGCGUGCAGCCACUUCUCCUCAGGAGAGGAAUUACAGCACACUACCUGCAGAGGCCUGGGAAGCAGACAUGGACCCAACAUGGACGACUGUCCUCCUGGUGCCCUGUGUAGUUGUUCUGACAGCUGGAUUUUUCUACCUCUACGGAGCCAUCGUCAAUCUGGUGUCCAAAACCUCUGUACGCAACAAAGUGGUGGUGGUAACGGACGCCCUGUCUGGGCUCGGGAAAGAAUGCUCCGGCGUCUUUCACAAGGGAGGAGCCAGACUCAUCCUCUGUGGGAAAAGCUGGGAGAAGCUGGAAGAGCUGGCAGAUGAGUUGGCAAACGUCUCCGAUCCCACAGCAACUUUCCCCCCUAAGCUGGUCAUUCUGGAUUUCGGGGAUCUGGACAGCAUGCCCGAGGCCGUGGCGGAGAUCCUGGACUGCUACGGCUGUCUGGACGUGCUCAUCUUCAACAGCAGCAUGAAGGCCAGAGCCCCCGCCCAGAGCCUGUCUCUGGAGGUGGACAAGCUCCUGAUGGACAACAACUACUUUGGGCCCGUCACGCUGGCCAAAGGGGUGCUGCCCUCCAUGAUCUCCAGGAGAAGCGGCCACCUGGUCCUGGUGAACAGCAUCCAGGGGAAGAUAGCCGUCCCUUUUCGCACAACAUACGCAGCCUCCAAACACGCCGUCCAGGCCUUCUUUGAUUCGCUGAGAGCCGAGGUGGAAGAAUACGGGAUCUCUGUCAGCACCAUCAGCCACACCUUCAUCAGCCGCGCGGCCGCCGGAGGCUCCGCCCCCAAAUCCCUCUGGUCACUGUUGUACACCCGGAAGCCUCUCGGGGUUUCUCCGGAUGAGGCCACGGCGGAAAUCGUCAGGACUCUGAACAACAAGAGGAGAGAGGUGCUCAUUGCCCCGUCGCUCCCCAAGAUGGCCAUCUACGCCAGGUCCUUUUUCCCCAACGUCUUCUUCGCCAUCAUGGCCGCGGGAGUGAAGAGCUCUGCCGCCUCUGAGAAGAUGUCCAGCCAGACCAACCUCCGAGCCCGGAGCUCUGACGGAGGUUUGACGGUGGAACAUGACCGGACGAACCGGCGCUUCACCGUGGCUCCGGGAGCGGGCACCGGGGUCCAGGAGCAGGCCGUGCUGCUCUACAGAUUCACGGGAGAAAAGGAGGUGGACCUGAUGUCCACCUUUGUUCCGGAAACAUUUCGAGGCCAAGGAGUCGCAGCCCUGCUCUCCCAGGCCGCCAUGGACUUUUUGGUGGAGGAGAAGUUGAAGGCACGCAUUUCCUGCUGGUACAUAAAGAAAUACGUCGAAGAUCACCCCGAACAUCUUUACAAGGAGCUUGUUAUCAGUUGACUGCUCACAACCACCACACACCUGGCAGAGCUUUGUAGGGUUUUAAAAUCUGAUCUGAAUGUAAUCAGCUAAUGUUAGAAUGAAAUACACCAUUUAUAGUAAUUAAAUGUGUUUCAUUUGAGAUGUUUUAAGUCACAUGAAGAGGGAAAAUGUUUAUAUUCUUUCAGCUUGUGAUUUUUAAAACAAUGUAUAAUGUUUAUACGAUUUCAUAUCUGGAUUCUUUUGAUUCUUUUUUGAUAAUUUAGAUGAAUAAAA